AUGGCUCUGUUCCGACGCCCCGCGGUAUCUAGUGGUUUAGAGGAUGUUAACAAAGGAGUUAAUUCAAAAGCCACAAUGCAAGUUACUGUUAGAAGAACUGCUCUUGAAGAAAUUGGAAAUAAAGUUACAACCAGGGGAACUCAAGUUGCUAAGAAAGUUGAGAAAACCAAAGUACCUGUGAAAAAAACCAAAAGCACAAAUGUCAUAAAAGAAGUGAAGCCUACAGCUGCUGUGAAACCAGUGCCAAAGGAAACGUUAUUUCCAAAGGGUCUAUCUCCAACCCCGAUGGAUGUUUCUAUGAAAGAAGAUGACCUGUGCCAGGCUUUCUCUAAUACAUUGCUAUGUAAGAUUGAGGACAUUGAUAAUGAAGAUUGGGAGAAUCCUCAGCUUUGCAGUGACUAUGUUAAGGAUAUUUACCAGUAUCUGAGACAACUUGAGGUUCAGCAAUCUGUAAACCCACAUUUCUUAGAUGGAAAAGACAUCAAUGGGCGUAUGCGUGCAAUCCUGGUUGAUUGGUUGGUACAAGUCCAUUCCAAAUUUCGCCUUCUGCAGGAAACUCUUUAUAUGUGUAUUGCAAUCAUGGAUCGUUUCUUACAAGUUCAGCCAGUCUCUCGGAAGAAGCUUCAGUUGGUUGGAGUUACAGCACUGCUUUUAGCUUCCAAGUAUGAGGAAAUAUUCUGUCCAAAUGUUGAUGACUUUGUUUACAUCACAGACAAUGCAUAUACUAGCUCUCAAAUCCGAGAAAUGGAAAUUUUAAUUCUGAAGGAAUUGAAGUUUGAAUUGGGCCGACCACUUCCACUCCACUUCUUAAGACGAGCAUCAAAAGCUGGGGAGGCAGAUGCCGAACAGCAUACGUUAGCCAAAUACCUGAUGGAGCUGACUAUUGUUGACUACGACAUGGUGCAUUACCAUCCUUCUGAGAUAGCUGCUGCUGCUUCUUGCCUAUCUCAAAAAGUUUUAGGUCAAGGGAAAUGGAGCUUAAAGCAACAGUAUUAUACUGGUUACACAGAGAACGAUGUGUUGGAAGUCAUGCAACAUAUGGCCAAGAAUAUAGUAAAAGUAAAUGAAAACUUGACAAAAUUUAUUGCCAUCAAGAAUAAAUAUGCAAGUAGCAAACUCAUGAAGAUCAGCACCAUUCCUCAGCUAAAUUCAAAAAUUGUCCAAGACCUUGCAUCACCUUUAUUGGGAAGGUCAUGAGAUGGUUGGACCCA